AUGGCGGCCUUGGACAGGGUCAAGGUGCUGGUGUUGGGCGACUCCGGUGUCGGGAAGUCUUCGCUUGUUCACCUCUUAUGCCACAACCAAGUGUUGGGAAACCCAUCCUGGACGGUGGGCUGCUCGGUGGAUGUUCGAAUCCAUGACUACAAAGAGGGGACUCCAGAAGAGAAGACCUACUACAUUGAGCUGUGGGAUGUUGGAGGUUCUGUGGGUAGUGCCACUAGUGUGAAAAGCACACGAGCAGUAUUUUAUAAUUUGCUGAAUGGGAUAAUAUUAGUGCAUGACUUAACCAAUAAGAAAUCAUCCCAGAAUUUGUAUCGCUGGUCUUUGGAAGCACUCAACAGAGAUAUCGCUCCAACAGGAGUUCUCGUGACAAAUGGGGACUAUGACCGUGAACAGUUUGCUGAUAACCAGAUUCCACUGCUGGUAAUAGGAACUAAGCUGGAUCAGAUCCCAGAAACUAAACGGAAUGAAGUUUUGACCAGAACAGCUUUUUUGGCUGAGGAUUUCAAUGCUGAAGAGAUUAAUUUGGAUUGCACCAAUCCUCGUUACCUGGCUGCAGGUUCAUCCAAUGCUGUCAAACUAAGCAGGUUUUUUGAGCUAAAUAGGGAAUUGCUGGAAAUAAUCAUCAAACUUUAUCCUGAAACAGAAAACCUGGAUGUAGCCAUCUCUACGUCAAACUUGUUUCAAACUGAUGGCAAGAUCUUUAGUUUUGCCACCACAUCUGACCUAUAA